AUGGCUAAAAAGGUCUCAGCGAAAAAUUCAGCUCCACAGAAUGAAGAGCAAUUGUUGCUACAAAUUGAGAAACUUCAACUCAUAGCUCGUCUGCUCACUUUUCGAGCAUGUCGCUCGGAAGAGGUAAAUAAGAAGUCCGACUUAGCGGUGAGGAAGAUGCAGCAAAAUAAGCUACAACUGAAACAACAAUCACAGAUGAUUGUUGAUGACUUGGAACAGGUCAUAUUUGCAAUUUUGACAUCGCUAAAGUCGUUUCAAGCAGAAGCCAGAGCUACACUCUUCAGCCUACAAACUCAGCUACAAAAUUCUGAGCGUAUGCUCUUAGAGUCCAAUGAAACCAUCUGUCGACUGACCGAAAAAGUGGACAGUUUAGAAGCAUCUAUGGGGGAAAGUCGUCGACUCUUUGAAAUCAGCCUUCAGGCCAUUCAUAUAACCUACUUCAAUUGUAUUGAGCGGGUGUUCGAACGACUUCAGGAGUUAAUUUUAGCGGACCUGGAAGACUUAAAUCCAAUUAAUGAUGAGGUUCACGAGACCUACGCCAACAAGUUCAAGGCGCUUGGAUUGCCUUGCACAUUUGACUCAAUUUGA